AUGCUAGAACACAAAUACGGAGGCCACCUGGUAUCCCGACGCGCUGCGUGCACCAUCCAAACCGCUUUCCGCCAGUACCAGCUCAGCAAGAACUUUGAGAAGAUCCGUAACUCGCUCCUGGAAAGCCGCCUACCCCGUCGGAUCUCGCUGCGCAAAGUGCGGGCGCCCACCGCAGAAAGCCUCGUGGCGGAGAAGGCGCUCCUGGAGGGCUGUGGGCUCUUGGGGCUGCCGCUGGGGCGCUCGCCCACCCUGCCACCCACCUUCGCAGGCUCUCUCACGGAGCUGGAGGACUCCUUCACCGAGCAGGUACAGUCCCUGGCCAAGUCCAUCGACGACGCCCUCAACACCUGGAGCCUCAAGACCAUGUGCUCACUGCAGGAGAGUGGCGCGUACCAGCUCCACCAGGCCCUGCACCCUGCUGCAGGACAGCCAGGCCUGGAGGCCGAGGUGCGGGAGCCUGAGAGUGGCCCAGGGUCUGGAGAUGAGACAGGCGGCCUGCCUCAGGGUCACAGCAGUACCCUCAUGAUGGCUUUCCGGGAUGUCACGGUGCAGAUCGCUAACCAGAACAUCUCUGUUUCCUCUUCCACCGCCCUGUCUGUGGCCAACUGUCUGGGCGCACAGACCACCCAGGCCACAACCGAGCCAGAGGCCCGCCAAACCGAGCAGGGGGACGCCGCGGCUCAGGAGGUCUCUGAAACCCCAGCCUCGGAACAGGAACAGGCGGAAGCCCCGGAUGAGAACUCAGAAGCAGCAGCAGAGAGUCGCGCCCAGGGCGCACAUGGACCAGUGGUUGCGGAGGCCGUGGUUGAGGAGGCGGUGGCCGUGGAGGCAGAGGAGGAAGAGGAAGAGGCUAGGCAGGCAGGGAAAGGGGCCGAGGCGGGCGACACCUCUGAGCAGUUGAGCAGCAGCAGCGCAUCCACCAAGUCCGCCAAAUCUGGCUCAGAGGUUUCGGCCGCUGCCUCCAAGGAGGCCCUGCAGGCGGUGAUCCUAAGCUUGCCGCGCUAUCACUGCGAGAACCCGGCCAGCUGCAGAUCCCCCACGCUCUCCACCGACACCCUGCGCAAGAGGCUGUAUCGCAUCGGCCUCAACCUCUUCAACAUAAACCCGGACAAGGGCAUCCAGUUCCUGAUCUCGCGUGGCUUCAUCCCUGACACCCCCAUCGGUGUGGCCCACUUCCUCCUCCAGCGGAAAGGCCUCAGCCGCCAGAUGAUUGGAGAGUUCCUGGGCAAUAGCAAGAAGCAGUUCAAUCGCGAUGUGCUGGACUGUGUGGUAGAUGAAAUGGACUUUUCCAACAUGGAGCUGGAUGAGGCCCUGAGGAAGUUUCAAGCUCACAUCCGCGUGCAGGGAGAAGCCCAGAAGGUAGAGCGACUCAUAGAGGCUUUCAGCCAGCGCUAUUGCAUGUGCAACCCUGAGGUGGUGCAGCAGUUCCACAACCCAGACACUAUCUUCAUCCUGGCCUUUGCCAUCAUCCUUCUCAACACUGACAUGUACAGCCCCAACAUCAAGCCUGACCGGAAGAUGAUGCUAGAAGACUUUAUCCGAAACCUUCGAGGUGUGGAUGAUGGUGCUGACAUCCCCAGAGAGCUGGUGGUAGGCAUCUAUGAAAGGAUCCAGCAGAAGGAGCUCAAAUCCAAUGAGGACCACGUCACAUAUGUCACCAAGGUGGAGAAGUCCAUCGUGGGCAUGAAGACGGUGCUGUCCAUGCCACACCGCCGCCUGGUCUGCUGUAGCCGGCUCUUCGAGGUGACCGAUGUGAACAAGCUCCAGAAACAGGCUGCACACCAGAGAGAAGUGUUCCUCUUCAAUGAUCUGCUGGUGAUUCUCAAGCUGUGUCCAAAGAAGAAGAGUUCCUUCACGUACACCUUCUGCAAGGCAGUCGGCCUCUUGGGCAUGCGCUUUCACCUCUUUGAAAAUGAGUAUUACUCCCAUGGCAUCACGCUGGCAACGCCACUCGCGGGCUCUGAGAAGAAGCAGGUGUUGCAUUUCUGCGCCCUCGGCUCCGACGAGAUGCAAAAGUUUGUGGAGGACCUGAAGGAGUCCAUUGCUGAGGUGACAGAGCUGGAGCAGAUCCGGAUAGAGUGGGAACUGGAGAAGCAGCAGGGAACAAAGGCGCUCUCUGUAGAGUCUGCUGGAGUCCAGGGGGACCCCCAGUCAAAGCAAGGAUCACCCACAGCCAAAAGGGAAGCGAUGGCAGGCGAGAAAGCGGCGGAGAGCUCGGGGGAGGUAUUAAUCAAUGCCUCCCCAGCCCGACUCACCAUUUUACCAAUUUCAAGAGAUACAAUUAAAAGUUACUGCUAG